AUGGAGUAAGUUACUCAAGACAUGAAGAAUGAUGAUUGCAAAAAUACUAAUAAUCUCUGAAUUAGUGUUUAUAACGUGAUGAAUGAUUCGAAGGCCUAUUUUCGAGUAUUUCACCCAUUUGUCGCUCCAUUCCUAACCUCUGUUCGCCAAAUUCGUGCUCGUUUCACAGUAGCUCGUAGACUGUUACUUCCACGUUUCGAGAAUCGCUAUCCAGAUGAUGGGAAAGGACACAAUGAUAUGUUGCAAUGGUUGGUCGAUACAGCGCGGGGUCGUGACGAAGAGACUGAUCAAGUUGUGAAACGAAUGUUAUUUCUCAACAUGGCAGCCAUCCACACGAGUGCAGAAGCCGCGACCAGCACCAUAUUGGAUCUGUGUGCAAGACCAGAUUAUAUUAAUAUGUUGAGGGACGAGAUGCUUGAGUCAAUAAAAACACAUGGUGGCCUUAAACUUGCAACAAUUUCGAGUCUAAAAAAGACGGACAGUUUUAUCAAGGAGUCUAACCGCCUUAACACAUCUGGAUUAAGUAUGCCAAACGAAAUGCUUCUGACUCUUUUCUUUCGGAACCGUCACUAAUCAUGUAUAGUGACCUUUCACAGACGACUUGCUGUCCCACUUACACUCUCCAACGGUGUCACACUCCCCGCAUCAACAUAUCUUUCGAUGUCGCAUUACCCUAUGAUACAUGAUGCCGAAAUAUUUCCAGAGCCGGAGGCUUUUGAUGGUCUUCGAUUCUAAAAAUUGCGACAGGAAAAGGGGCAAGAGGAGAAGCAUCAAUUCGCUUCAUUGAGCCCUGAUGUUCCUUCUUGGGGCGUCGGGAAAUUUGCAUGUCCGGGGCGGUUUUGGGCCAGUGCUCAAAUCAAAUUGUUGUUAAUGGUUCUAUUACUGGAGUUUGAAAUUUCUCAUCCAAAUGGUCAGAUUAAACGACCACAAAAUGUGGUAAAAGGGGAGAAAAAUCAAGUCAGUAUAUCACAACAGAUUAUGUUGAAGAGACGUAGUGUCUAGAUGUAACGCGUCAAG